AUGACCGAAGACCAACUCUUGUAUGAAGAAUCACUGCAAAACAUCCCAUUUUCGCAAUGGCUCCGACAGAAGCGGACGAAUCUGAUGUCACGGUUUUACAAUUUUAUACCGGACACAUUAGAUAACCCAACUCUAUAUCCCAAAGAAUUUAUUGCUGCGUGUGGACAAGUUUUUUUCCCACAAGAAGUUGAAAUAAAAACGUCAAGUUUUUUGGACGUCGCGUUGACACACACUAAGGCAUUCGACGAAAUUAUAAACCUCUUUUACUUUGUUUAUAGAAAUAACUUCCAACCAUUGCCAAAUACAACACUGACAUCUGAUAGUGGAUGGGGUUGCACCAUACGGUCAACUCAGAUGUUAGUUGCAAAUGCAAUUGGGAAGCUUUUCACAAACGACUUUGACACUGGAGAAGUCACGGACAAAAUGGUCAUCAAAUUUUUCUUGGACUUUUUUUCUGUUGAAUGCCCGUUCUCCAUCCACAACCUUUUCCUUACAAAGGCUAUCCUUCAGGGAAACAUCAACGGCAAUUCCUUCUUGCCGCCGUCUGCUGUCGCCGCCGCAUUUGUAGAGAUCAACAAGAAGCUUGCGAACCCCAAAUUUGGCAUGGAGAUACUAACAACGACUUUUACUUUCCGUGUGUAUACACAACCCACAAUAGUAUUAAUACCUAUAAGUAUACCAGAUUCGUUCAAUGACAAGAUAGCAGUGAUCUUCUCGUUUUAUCUCUUUUCGGGGAUGGUUGGAGGGUCGGGGAGAAAGGCGUUUUACUUCUUUGGGAUCCACCAUGACCAAUUACUCUUCUUAGACCCACACACGGUCAGAAAUACGGUAAUCAAUUCGUGCUCAUUUGAUCCCCAAGAGUACCACCCAAUCAUUGGAGAUGUUAAGGCACUGAGUUACUCACUACUCGACAGAAGUGCUGUGCUUGCUUUUGUCGUCACAUCGCAAAGAGAGCUCGACGAUUUAAAAGGGUUUGUACAGAACAUGCUUGGGAUUGAUGACAAAGUCCUACGCGUAAAAAAUGAAGACGUUGAUGGCUUUGAGGUCAUCAACUUUUGA